AUGCACAUGACGCCUGUGGUGAUGACCCAGCCCCUUACGGAGCUGCCGGGACUGGUGCAGUGCACCUGCUGCCAGCAGCAGGUUCUCACCACAACCGAGCACAAGGCCGGCAUGCUCACUUGGCUCGUCUGCGGAUUUGUUUGUUUAUUUGUGGGUUGUCUGGGCUGUUGUCUCAUUCCCUUCUGCGUGGAUAGCUGUAAGGAUGUGGAGCACAGGUGUCCGACCUGUCAGCAGCUGCUCCACAUCCACAAACGGCUUUGA